CAUGUGUUCCAAAGGAAGUAUCGUUAUAAUAACUGUAUUUAUGAAUAUAACAUUUCUUAUAACAGUACAUACAAGUGAACUCAGUUUAGAAGACAUAGAAUUACAUAGAAGUCGGAGACAAUUGUUGUUUCCCAAUUCAACAUUGUUGCAAUUGAACAUCGGCUUGGGUACACCAACUCCGAUCAAGACUAUCAACGUGAACUGGGCAUUCCAAGCUAAUUUUCAGCUGCCUUGGAAUAGAACUCAGAUACCAACUGACAUUUUUGGCGCUAACUCAGGCUACGUGAGCACAGCAAGAAAAAAACGGGAAUUAGAAGCGGAUUAUGAGAAUAAUGCAAAAUUAUACCAUUUUUACAAAUAUGUUGAAGGAGUCCUGAACGGUUUUGGACAAAACGGUACGUCAUGUGUACUACGAACGUUAUGUCAGCUCGGAGCCGAACCACUUCACUCGGUAAAUAACGAGGACCUUCUGCACGAAAUAGCUACUUUUAUCCUGAAUCCAAUCAACGACGUAACGGACGAAAAAGACGAAGAGUCCACAAAUUACGUCGAAGCAUACGAAGCCGGUCAAAAUCAACAAGAUUGUCAUUUAUUGUAUAAUAAUUGUACUCUAUCUCUAAUAGAUUUAUUUACAGUAAUUCAUUAAAAAUACACGUUUUAAAUCUCUAAAGACAAUCUUAUAAGAAAUUAUUUCAGGUAAAUCCUUUCUGACUAUUUAUAACGUUGAAGCUCAAAACUCCCUCGGGAAUGUUUUCAACAAAACAGGAAUACUGU